UCAAUGUCCCGGGUUCGAUCUCUGCAGGAAAUAUCACGUCAUCGUUACUCAUCGUCACUCGGUGCCCUGGACACGAUGCAUCACGAAGAUGAAAACCAUAAACGACCCUUUUCCGAACUCCCACCAUCAUUUUACAGAUGUCAUAUCACGUCGUAUAUCUCUACGUUACAGCAGUGACUAACGAAUCCAUGCCAAUUGUUCAACAAUGAAUCUAGAGGAGAUUUCAAAUUUUGUCUUUCAUAAAAGAUAUUUAAUUUUCAAAUUUUAUGUGAAACAUGUUAAGCGAGUGCAUUUUAAGACUAUUUAUAGCCUAUUAAAACCUAAUUGCCGAUAGAAGAGGAACUUUAACCCACGAUAGUUCAUCGAUGAUGUCGUUAUCUUCCGUUAAAAUCGCUGAUAUCCUUUUUCUUCAGCCUCUCCUCGAUAACCUUUUUCUUAAGCGUCCUUUUGCGAAGAACACUUUUACGCUUUUUUAAUUAAAUUGUUAAAUAUCGUCGUCAAGCUUCCCCUGGUACCUUCUCGAACUUGGAAAAUUGUUCGUCCAACGUAGCAAAAUGACGAGUAAAUAUUUCCUCUUAAACUAGAGUUAGAAAAAUAACGACCGAGAUUUUCAGACGAAAAUUAUUCGUUCAGAUUCAGAGAUUGUUUCUCCCUUAAUUUUCAUAGCGUGCGUACCUUCGACAAGGUUUGUCGGAUUCUAAUAACUUCCGUUCAAGGCCUGGUAUCGAUAAUCCCAUUGUGAAGUGGGUAUCGAGAAAACUCCGGGGUUGAAUGGAGUGCCGUAGUACCGCAGGAGACUGCUAAUGCACUGUCAACAAUGGAUCUUUCACCGCGAAAUCUCUUCCUCCUGGAACGAAUUCACCCUCUACCGAUUCCUGAACCGUGAUUAUUAUUAACAUUUAAACGAAUACUAUAUGGAAAAAAUAAUAAUUUAAAAUUUGAAGCAGAGGAAGUAAUAAUAAUAUGCAUGAUUCACUUUUGAUCAAGUCUGAAAAUAUUCUUCAAUUUAUAAUUUCACUAUCGUGUUCAAUUAAAAGCUUGGUUGUUUUGCAUUUACUUGUUCAAAAUAGAUAGAUUCGAUAAAAUUGAAAUAAAAUAGAGUAUCGUAACAAAGAAAGGUGCUACAAUAAACACGUUUGACAAUAGGAAUGAUUGUUAGGACCUCCAAUUCUUAAAACAGAAUCCGACUGUUCUAAUUUUAGCUCGACGCUUCUUGGUUACCGCCACUUGUUGCCUCCUACUUACAAUUGUGCUAUUCUCACUCCGUUUCUAUCGCACUGCUUCAAUGGUCACGACGAAUACAUUUUCAGAAUACAUGAUUCGCAUCAAAAACAGUCUCGAAAAAGUUCGUACGUUCUAAUAAAUGACACUUUUACAAGUAACAUACUUAAUCGUUGCAAUGACAGGUUGGUUGGAAAGAUAUUUUAGGUAGGAAUUAUUAUGAGAAGUCUUGAAGGCUCUAAUUAUAGUUUAAAACCAAGUGGAUUUAAAUCUAGGCUAUCAAGGAGCGAGUCUUGAGCUGAAAUGAAUUCUUGGAAAUUGUUCCGCGGCCACUCUCGAGUUGUUUUCUGAUUAGUGGGAACUACUCUUUGUAAGCUGCGGAGAAGUCUUGUUAAAACCCACCUUUGCCGUCGAGAGAGUGGCCGCUCUGCUACUUGGACACCACGAGUGCCUUCUGAAUAAACUGAGGAUAAUAAUAAUAAUAAUAAUAAUAAUAAUAAUAAAAGGGAUGCGACAAAAUUAACGAAGAUGAUUACAUUGUAAUAUGUUUGAUUAUAGGUUGAGGAUUACUUGACUGAAUCGGUCAAAAUUCACUGGAAAGUAAAAUUAAGAAGAAUGGUUGAUUGUUUGCAAAAAAAAAAGAUUACAAACAAUGUAUACAUACAAUUGUCCAAUAAUUUUAUUUGUUUUUAGAUAAUCAGAACAAGAAAAUUUGGAAGCCUGCAGUGAAUAUAACGCGCCAAAAAAAAAAGGGAAGUAAACAAGGGACGAUAGUCCCGAUGGAAAAAUCCGCGAAUGAGAAGUUCGUAGUUGAAAGGGUAGUUAAAAAGAAAAUUAAUAAAUGCGGAAGUUUCGAUCACGUGGGUGACUGGUGGUCGGUGGUCCAUGAAGAACAUUCAAUAUCGAAUCAUCGAGGGAAGAAACGGUCCUCGAAGAACUAUGUGUUUGACCAACUUCCUAAAAGUGGUUGCAGUUUGUGGUGGGGUGACGACAGAGAGAGAGAGAGAGAGAGAGAGAGAGAGAGAGAGAGAGAGAGAGAGCGAGAGGGGGGGGGGAGGGGUUGGAACGAGCAUGAAAGCACGAGGAAGAGGAUCAGUGUACCAGAGAAAGAGGGUAGCGGCAAGUGCGGAGCUGCCACCCUUCGUCAGCUGUCCUGUACGAGGCAGCCAGUACGCGUCGUGGCUUCGCCACGUGCUUCUCGUGUCUUUGGAAAGUUUUGUGACCGAUCAUUGUGCGCCAAGUUUUCACAUUUUCGACGGGUUCCCGCUCGUCCAGACUCGAGACACGAGCUUCCGUGAUUUCACAAUGGGAUCGAUUGAAAGGAUUUCGACGAACUCAUCAUCAGCGUUCAUCGUUUGGUUCUCGUGACUGCGCGAUGAGGGGACCAUUACAACGUCACCGAUGGAACCUCCAAUCUGCGAAGAUCGAGCAUAAUAGAAGCAGAAAGUGUCGAAACGCUCGGCGUUUGAAGCGAAUUGAUGAACGAACCACGACGCGUUGUAAGGGAGGAUCAGUCCCAGGACAUCAUGAAGCAGCAAGUCCUACUGGCCCUCGCCAAUCUAAUCACAUCCUACGCAUCCUUUCUAGCUGCGACGGGGACGAAACCGUCCACGAGGCAGAGGACGCAGAGCAACAAUCACAGCAACAUCAGCGAUCUGCUGGACAAUCUGCUUCGCGGUUACGACAACAGCGUUAGACCGGACUUCGGUGGACCGCCGGCCACCGUUGAGGUCGACAUCAUGGUACGCAGUAUGGGUCCGAUUUCAGAAAUUGAUAUGACGUACUCGAUGGAUUGCUAUUUUCGUCAAUCAUGGGUGGAUCGACGUUUGGCUUUUCAAGGGGGUAAGGAGACGCUGGCGCUCAGUAUAUCGAUGCUGAAGAGGAUCUGGAAACCGGACACGUACUUUUACAACGGCAAGCACAGUUACUUGCACACGAUCACCAGCCCCAACAAGUUCGUCAGACUCUAUCAAGACGGCAGAGUGCUCUACAGUUCGAGGCUCACGAUCAAAGCUGGAUGUCCCAUGAAUCUCGAAAAUUUCCCGAUGGACACGCAGAGGUGUCCCCUGCAAUUUGGCAGCUUCGGUUACACGAAGAGGGACGUGGUCUACAAAUGGAACAGCGCGCGACAAGUGGCAAUCGCGGAGGACAUGAAAUUAUCUCAAUUCGAUCUGGUCGCCAAUCCAACUGCGAAUCAUUCCACGUUACCUACUCCCGCGCACGCCGAUUACUCGAUGCUGCUGGUGCACUUUCAUCUUCAAAGGCACAUGGGCAAUUUUCUCAUACAAGUAUACGGACCCUGUGUAUUACUGGUCGUUCUAUCCUGGGUGUCCUUCUGGUUAAAUAGAGAAGCCACUGCUGAUCGCGUGUCGCUCGGGAUAACCACCGUGCUGACGAUGACGUUUCUGGGAUUGGAGGCCCGCACCGACCUGCCGAAAGUUCCUUAUCCCACUGCCCUAGACUUCUUCGUCUUCCUCUCGUUCGGGUUCAUUUUCGCCACCAUCAUACAAUUCGCGGUAGUCCACUACUUCACCAAGUACGGAUCAGGGGAGUGUUACUUCAGCUCCGACCUCAGUGAAACCGAGAGUUCCAGCGACGAAGAAGAACAACCCCCGCGACCGGUAUCGCAGCUGUCACAAGUGGCACCAGUGGCCCAGGUCCACGCAAAAUCUCCGAGCACCUCAACGGGCAGGGAGAAUCCCAGCCGCAAUUUCACCAUGAACGAGGCUGGUUUGAUCGAGGUGAUACCUCUAUCCGCGAUUCCAGCUCCCAGCAGGGAUCCUAGGCUUGGCCACUGGCAGAUGUCCUGCGUGGCCUGUAGUCCACCUCCGCGUCAACCUCCACCUCCGCGACAACCUCCGCCACCUACAGUGAAGCAAACCACUGGCAGAAAACGACGCAGAAGAACGCCCAGGUACAACUCGGUUUCGAAGAUAGACCGCGCGAGCCGCGUCGUAUUUCCUCUGCUCUUCAUGACGUUGAACGUCUUUUACUGGUACGCCUACCUGAAGAGGAGCGAACGCAUAACGUCUCACAACACGUGAGACAAGCCAGCAAAUCCGAAGGAAUUUCGAGCUCGUCGGGGAAACUCGAGGAUAAGUCCGUCUUCUUGGUCGACCAAUCUACAAUAGGUACAUUAAGUAAACGUGUACACGGAACGGGAAUUGUUUCGUCAAUCGUUUCGGAAUCUUUAUCGAGCUUUAGGCGAGGACUGAGCAGAUCUCUGUGAACACUACAGGGCAAAUGUAUGCAUGGAUGUGUGUGGAUGUAUCAGUUGCGCUGUGUUCUUGUCAGCUGAGGAAGCCAUAAUUGGCUCGACGAUACUUCCUCUGAAGAUGUGACCAAGACCCAAGUCGAGCGAACUAGAGGAGCAGCGACAAGAUGUACUCUUCUCGUUAGGAACAUUAUUCAAUUGCUGAUGAAGCCGCACAAAUUUUCCUACGCGAAGAGUUUCCCAGAAGGGAAAAAGACUUCAGGAUUUUUUGUUUGGUAAAACGUUGAUGAUCCAGAAUCCAACAGAUAUCCAGCUAUCGAUAGACCCUGGGUCUCUAUUUGUCAUACUUCAAAAAAUGAUUCCUUCUUUCCCGCCAAUACUUGAGACCGAACCAAGUUUCGAAAGCAUUUAAUCAUCGAUUGAAUGGUGUUCCUGACCAGCUGACGUGAAUUCGUGUCGCCAGAUAUACAGGGUAUCCCAUUUUAAUCAGUCCAAAAUUACUAGCAUAUUUUAUCCUAUACAUUCUUACCAACAGUGCUCUACCUUGUCGACACAAUACUCUACCUUACACACCCUUACCAACAGAAUACUCUACCUGCUAUAGUUUCCUCUAUACAUGAUUCAGGUAAGGAAACAUAAUUUUUUGUUGUAUCUACGUUCGUUUAAUUUAUGUUGGGCAAUCCUGUAUAUCUGAAUCUAGUAAAGACUGGAGCAAACUUUUGGUGUACGAUUACUAGGCUGCAGAAAAAAUAUGCAAAAUAUACGAGCAAGUGAUGUAUAGAGUAUACUGAACGAACAUAUACGCAUAACAUGUGUGAUAUGCAAACGCAUGUCUACGACUGUGACUGUGGUCAUAACGAUUUAUGAGUUACAAUGAUAAUGAUAAUGAUGAUGAUGGUUAUUAAGGUUUUGGUUGCUAUGUCUAGAUAUAAUAAUGAUGACAGCGACAUUUGCACAUAGUGCAUACAUGCAGCACACUUGCAUGUAUUCAUAAGUGCAUACAAAGUAUGCUUUUGCAUAAACAUCUGCAGUCUAAUAAUUACGAAUGUCUAAUUACAGAUCGCAAGUGUAGUUUGUAAUUAACGAUCGAAUUAACGAUUGAUCGAUUAAUGAUUAUUUUUAUCAUGAUUACCUCGUUAAUCAAUUACAGAAGUGAUACCAAAAUAAUCGAUUACUGCCGAAGUCUGCCCGAAGGUAGAUAUCAAACCUCUCUAAUUUCGGUUCGAAUUUCGAGUGAAGAAAUAAAUAGUUGCAUUUCACCAGAGGCAGGCAAAAUUUUAUUUGAAUAAUAGACGACGUAUAAAAGCACCGUAUUGCGAUUUAUUUGCAAUGUUUAUUCGAUUGUUCGGUUAUUAGCUGUUAGACAAGCUUUUAUUCUUAUCUAAUUUUGUCUGUCUUUGAAUUAUACCAUUGUCAACGGUUCUUGCAAAUUCCCAGAUGUUCAGUCUAUAAUCUGAGGAUUAACACUCGCCACCCGUAUGUUUGUGGGAGAACAAGUUUCAAGUACAAAUGAUGUGAUGUGUAUGAUAAAUAUAUUAAAAGCUGUUUUAAAUUCCUAUUGAAUGUAAGUUACAUUAAGCAAGGAGAAAGGAAAAAGGCACGAACCAGUAUGUUCUGUGUCAAGGUGUAUAUAUUGUCAAAGAGAAAUAUGGAAAAUAUGUUUUAACCUUUAGAGGAACGUUUAGCGAAUGAAAAUAGAAGAAUCAAAUUAUAAUGCGUAUUAGGUGCGACAAUAAAAAUCAAUUUUAAAAACA